CAUCCCGGUGCCCUCGCGCUGAUUAACGGAAAGAAACCGGCAGUCAUCCACCGACCGGAGACACGAGACACCGGGAGACACCGGAGACAGACGGUGUGUUUGUGCUGUGUGGUGGUGAAACGGUCGGCUGGCGUCCUGCAGCAGGGUCGCAGCCAGCAGUCAGAAGGCACAGGAAGUGAGGUCACCAGCAGGGCCCCGUUAAUCCUCUAACGAGCUUAAUUUAAUCAGCUGUGUGUGUGUGUGUGUGUGUGUGUGAUGCAGAAGAACUCUCUGUACACGGCCAUGAGCCGCUUCAUCGGCGCCGUGAACAACAUGGACCAGACGGUGAUGCUUCCCAGCCGGCUGCGAGACGUCCCGACGCACGGAGCCGAGGACGGAGCCGAGGACGGAGCCAUGUACGGCUCCUACGUGCUGCUCAAGUCUAUCCGAAACGACAUGGAGUGGGGCGUCCUGCAGCAGGGGGGGGGGCGUCCUCCAGCAGGGGGGGGGCGUCUGCAGCAGAACGGCGGCGGGACGGAGGCGGCGGAGGACGAGGACGACCUGGAGAAACAGUUUUACUUCCACCUGAACGGACUCCACGCCGUUCUGUCCAAGCUGACGCGUAAAGCCGACACGCUGACGAGCCGCUACAAGGAAGAGAUCGGCUGCAGGAACUGAGCUUCACGAGCUUCACGAGCUUAACGAGCUUAACGAGCUUAAUGGAGGUUUUUAAUUAGUUUAAAACUCGUUAACAGGAAACAGAAACUUCCAUUUUUCAUCAUUUCCUUUUGUUUAUUUUUAUGUUUAACAAGUCAAAGUUUAUUUCUGAAAGCUCAUUCAAACAAACAGAAUAUAAUUUCACAAUAAAAGUCAGGAUGUUUAACACCAAGUGAAAUAAAAACCCCAAAAAACCUGAAAUAUUUAAACAUCUGAGACCAAAAAAUAAUCAAUUAAAAGUUUUUCAGGAGUUUAAACGAUUA